AUGGGUUCUGAAACGCCUAUCCUCCCCGUCAUAGACAUCACCAAUCUAGGCCAACCCGGCAGCCCAGAAUGGGAACUCGUCCGAUCCCAAGUCUGGAAAGCAUCAGAAGAGUACGGCGCCUUCAAAAUCACCGACACCAAAAUCCCUCUGGAAAUCCCACACGGCGUCAUGAAAGGAAUGAAGGAGCUCUUCGACUUGCCUCUCCAAACACUGACGGCCAACGUCUCCUCCGAACCCUUUGGAGGGUACAUCGGGAAAUCAACCUUCGCGCCGCUGUUCGAGAGCGUGGGGAUCGUUCACCCCGACAACAUUGAAAAAGUCGAAGCCUUCUCUGCUGUCUUCUGGCCGGGAGGAAAUCCCAGCUUCACCAAAUCGGUCAUCGCGUUCGCCGGGCGAGCGGCCGAGCUGGAGGGGACGAUAUGGAGGAUGGUUAUGGAGAGCUUGGGGCUGGAGAGCCACGUGGACGGACACGUGGACUCGGUGGUCUUGUCGGUGAGGGGAAUAAGGUAUGACGCGCCGGGAAGUGAGGAGGAGAAGGUCGUAGGGCUGGACUCGCACAUGGACCAGGGUGUGACGGCGAUACUGUACGGGAAUCAUGUCGACGGUUUGGAGGUUGAAGACAAGGACGGUCGGUGGUUUGCUGCGAGAUACUCGGAGGGUUCCUUCAUUGUCAUCCUCGGCGAAUCUUUUCACGCAUGGACAAAUGGAAGGGUAUACUCUCCUUACCAUCGUGUAAGAUUGAGUGGAAGGGAGACGAGAUACACAUUUGGGAUGUUUUCUGGUUUCAAAGAAGGCUACACCGUGAAGGCCCCCGAGGAGCUCGUUGACGAACAACACCGCCUGCUCUAUAAGCCCUUCGAUUUCAAGGAAUUCCUAGCCGUCCGACUGGAAGAGACCAAGAAGAUGUACAACUCUUCUACCAUAGCUAACUAUUCUCCCAUCAAAGCCUAUUUCGGUGCUUAA